CUCGACCGUUGUGACGGUUAUAAUAUUCUUUCACUUUCACUGAUAUUUAGCUUAUUUUAACUUAAUUUAAACCAAACUAUUUGUUCUUCUUUAAGUAGUCUUUCUCUUAUUUAUUUCUACGUAUAAAAUGAGCAUGACUAGGAUGCGAACACGCUCCCAAGUGCCUUUAACUGAAAGAAACGAAGAUGUUAUUGCAAAGCAAGAAGUACAACGGAAAAAGGCCCUUGUAGAUACGGCUCCUUUCAUUAAAUAUCCAGGUAAAAUAGUCUACAGCACUGAUUUUACUUCUAUUGCUGAAAAUUGUGCGAAAUUACUUGAUAAAGCAAACAAGACAGAAGACUUAUUCAUCCUUGGUUUUGAUAUUGAAUGGCCAUUUAGCUUUCAAACUGGUUCAGGCAAAGCCUCAGUGGUCCAAAUCAGUCCAAAUUUAGAUAUUUGUUAUGUGCUGCAAGUUAGCAGUUCAAAUAAACUUCCCAAAGCUUUGACAGAGUUAUUAUGUCAUGAUAAAGUGCGUUUGACUGGUAUUUGUGUUAAAAAUGAUGUGAGAAAACUGCAUAGAGAUUUCCCAGGUUUUGAUGUUGACAAAGCAGUAGAUAAUUGCAUUGAUUUGGGUGUUAUGGCUAAUACUGUGGCUGGUUUUACUCAGAGAUGGAGUCUUGAGAAGUUAGUUUUGCAUUUUUUUGAGAUGAGAAUAAGCAAAGACAAAGCAGUUCGAAUGAGUAAAUGGCAUGUUGCUCCACUUUCAGAAGCACAGCAAGUUUAUGCAGCUUUGGAUGCUUAUGCUUCUUUGAAGUUGUAUCAUCAUAUUAAGCAAGAACAAGACAAUCAGGUGGAUGAUGAAGAUCAAGAGAAUCAAGAAAUGGACAUUAACUAAUUUUUAAACUGAGAUUACUAAUAAUUAAGACUGGUUGUGCUCUAUAAAUGAUGUUUGACUUGUAUAAUCAAUUGAGAUUUAGUGAUAUUUUACUAUUUUGACAUAAUGUGAAGCGUUUAGAUCUGUGGCAGAAACUGAUCUGUUGAACAGGUCAAGUUUAUUGAAUAAAACUCGAGUAGCAAAACA